UUAACCAAUGAGAAUUACGUACUGAAAUAUCAGUAUCGGUUGCCAAGAUCUUAUCAAGCAACAGCAUUUUGAAACUAAAGAUUACAAGUAAAUACAUGAAAGUUAAUUUAAAAUAUCAAAAUAUUCAUCAUCAUCAACAUUUCUUAUUAUUAUUCGUUAAUUCCAGCUCUGAUAUUAGAAUUAUGUAAUGGCUUAUAUGACUUAUAACAAAUUUCUGUAUUUCGUAUAUUCUAUUCACUACUAGAAAAGACCAUAUAUUAUCCAUCAUUUCACUAGCUACUGAGAAAAGUUAUUUAAUUUUUUGUUGGUUAGUGAAAACAAGGACUUGAUGGCGAGAUCUCUUUCACAGUUGUUUUAUGCUCUUGGAGGCUCUGUCAGUCCAGGUAAGAGCAAUGAUGAGCUGAUUGACCAUCUUAUUGAUGCAGAAUUUAUCAGGACACCGGCCAUACAGCGUGUAUUCCGUUCUGUGGAUCGAGGUAAUUAUUACCACCCUAGCCACCGACAAAAUGCUUACAAGGAUAUAGCCUGGAGAAUGGGAAAUUUGCAUUUAUCAGCCCCCUGUGUUUAUUCUGUGGUAAUGGAAACUUUGAAAUUGAAACCUGGCCUCUCAUUUUUAAAUCUUGGAAGUGGUAGUGGAUAUCUAAGCACAAUGGCUGGUUUACUCUUAGGUCAGUAUGGUAUAAAUCAUGGGAUUGAAUUUCAUGAAGAUAUUGUUGAGUAUGCAUAUGAAAGACUAGAUGAGUUUCUGAAGAACUCAAAAGUUGUGGAUGAACAUGAUUUUUGUGAACCAGUUUUUACUUGUGGCAACUGUUUAACUUUAGAUGCUAACGUUCAACAGUAUGAUAGAGUUUAUUGUGGUGCUGCAUGUCCUGAAGAAUAUGAAGCAUAUAUAAAAAAUCUAGUUAAAAUAAAUGGAAUAUUAAUUAUGCCAUUAAAUGAUAAGCUGUUAAAAAUUACAAGGGUGAAUGAAACAAAUUGGACUACUGUAAAGGUUUUAUCAGUAUCAUUUGCUCCUCUUAUUCUUCCUCCGUCUACAAAGAAAGGAGAAACUAUAGACCAUGCUAAACUUGGUGACAUAACCCCUCCAAAUCUUCAACAGAUAUGUCGAUUCAACAUCCGUUCUAUGCUCCGACAAAAUGUUGAAAUAGAGCAUCCAAAACUGAAACUUAAUCUAAUUAAAAAUGAAAGUAGACCCAGAAGGCAAGUGCGACGCAUCGUCAUUCCAUUUUUUGAUGAAAGUGACUUGAGCAAUAGCCAAAGUGAUUCGGAUUACGAUUACGACUCUGACAGCCCCGAAUACACCAUCAGUGCUCGACUCCCCACCCGCAUGUCAAUAUUCCUAGAAGAUUUUCUAAGGCGUCAUGCAGAACUUCAGUUACUCAGACAAAUGGAAGAGGAUCGACACUCCAGUAGCAGCGAUUCAGACGCAGGAGCCGUAGAAAAUUUUAAAGCGGCACCGAAUACCUCAGAUAGCCAGAGUCAGACUGAAUUAACCAUGGAAACGAAUAAAACAGAGCAGCAAUCCUCCGACACCGAACUCUUCUCGCUGGUAACUGUUUCGAAUAUUAAGCCACAGAAUUCUAGCGGCGAGUCUGACAGCAAUUUCAAUCAGCCACCUAGUCAAUCCACUCGAAGCAAGAGAAAAAAUACUUUAAAGCGAAAACAUGUCAGCUCUAAUACCAGGCAGCAUGGGGCAGGUGCCAGCACGACCGAUUCACCCGAACCUAAGCGAAGAGCUAAGCGUACUGCUUCUACUGUUGUUUGGAAAAGAGUGGCAGAGUUGAAAAAAGAAAAGGAAAAAACAGAAGCCGAUGAAGAGGACUCUGAUUUCACUUACACUUAUUUUCUUUUGCAAAAAAUUGGAGCAUUACCCCUUCCACCAUUUCUUCUAAGAUAUCUUAAUUACAGGAGAGAGAAUAUGUGAACUUAGUUGUAUUACAAUUAUAUAAAAUGUUAAAAUAUUUCUAUAGUUACUACAGAAAAUUUUUAUAUUUUAUUUUCUGGAAUUAUGUAUUCAAUAUACUUGGCUGUAUUUAAUUCAAUAUUUUAUUUAUAUAAGGCUGUGCCAACUCUUUUUUUUAUUAUUAUUAUUUAAUUUUUUUUAAAACACCCAAGUUUUCUUGUUUGAAAAACCUCACAUACAGGCAUUUAAAAUAUAUAUAUAUAUAUAUAUAUUGUAGUCACAAUGUUACAUGAGAUCUUUUAUAAUAAAGAAAUAAGGAGAUCUUUUAUGAUAGCCAAAUGGAAAGUGGAUAUGCAUGAUAGUGUCAAAAUUACAGUAGCAGUAGCGGCGUUAUCAUUCAGGGUUAAGAAAGAAAGCAGGAAGAAUAUACUACAAUUGCUUAUAAUUGAUUAGUAAGUUUGCAUGAGAGCAUUUAAAACGAAUGCAAAGUAGUGAUAAAGGGCAACUGCUUCCAAAAUGGAACAACGUGCUGUACUAUGAUUUUUGAUGGCAGGUUAUUUUAAUCAUACAGAGUGCUGCACAUAAGUGACUAGUACUCUUCGAUUACCUCACAUCAUCACUACGACCAAUAAAUUCCUUGGAAGUCAUUGUGUUUGCUUGACCUCAGAAAUGGUUUUUGCUGAUCUGAUAUUUAUGUUCCUCCAUCGUACAAGCACCAUUUGUCCUAGACAGUGCCCAACAUAAACAACCACCAUUUUAGCAAUGAACGAACUUUAAAAAUCAUACAUUGUUUAGUUUCUGAUUGCUUCCAUUUUAAAUACAACUUUGCAUUCAUUUUAACUGCUCUUCGACAAACUGGUUAAUUAGUUGUACACAAUCUGUAAUACAAGGCAAAAUGAAGGGUCACCACUUUUUUCAUUAAAAAUGUACCACAUUCUAUUUUUUUUAAUAAACCCUGCACUAUUAUGAAUAUUUUUUUUAAUAUUCUGAAAACUACUUUUCUUUCACACUUAUUUCUAAAAAAUAUCCGGUGAACCUUUUAAUGUUUACCACAUUUUGACAAUUGCUUUAAAAGGCAUUCCUUCCAUUAUUGGUAUUUUAUUUUAUUUUUGAGAAGAGAAUCAAGUUUUAAAAAACGACCUCUGGCCAGUAAUGGAAUUUCUUAAUUAUAUCCAAUAACGCCUUUAUAACCAUGAAUGCUUUUGCUACAGUAUUUCUGAUGCUGUCACACACGCACACAACUUUUCAUUUUGUUAUUAAUGUUUUUAAAAAAAAAACCUAAACAUUUAUUUUAUUUUAAUACCAGGUACUUUCAAUUUAACUGAAAAUUAAUCCAUUUAGUGGCAGAUUUUAAUAUUGAUCAUCAUAACCUUUUUAUGAUCGUGUGAUAUCAUUGUUAGAUUUUUUUGAAGAUACGUUUUUAUGCUAUUUCCUUCAGAGAUAAAUUUUAAGCAUACACAUCCUUUUCAUUGUGCUAUUUAAUUACUAUAAAAUAAGCAAUAUCGGCAAACUUUUUUUCUUCCUUGAAUUAUAUCCAAUAAUUGUAUAAAUCCCUUACAAAAUUUAAAGUACAUUGUAGAAAAAUUUAUACAUGUAUAUUUGUAUAUAUGAAAAUAAUGCAAAAAUUUAGAAAAGUUUUGAGUUAUGUAAACUUUGGUUUAAAACACUUUUAUUUUUUCUUUGAAGUAUAUUUAUAUAAUAGUUAAACAACAACAUUGAAUUAUAAUAUGCUAUCGAAAUAAAAUUUUAACAAGU